AUGUCUGCGUGGGCUUCCGGCAAUUUAGCCGAAAAGCUGAAGCAACAAAAAGUGGCUGCUCUGAACGGCAAGGAUGCACUUUCACCGCAAGCAGCCGCUUCAAUUUCUGCGACCCCGUCUACCACCAGUAACAAAAAGAAUAACAACGAUGCCCCGUCCCCCACUCCUAUUUUGCCUCCACCCACUGUGGACAACAUUGUUGCGCACCCCCAGAAGCUGCAGCCGGUAGACUCGUCUGUCGGAAAAAAACAGCCACAGCAUGAAGAAGCAGGCUCACUUGUGCAUUUCGGCCAGCUCUCACUCCCUCAGGAUAUAGCGAAGCUCGUGUCGGUGGAGUUUACGUUUGUCGGUACCAUGAGGACGCCCCAGCCGCCGUUAGAGGAGGCCAAACGCCCCCCGGCCCCCAGAACCCCAGAGACGUUGGCAACAGCAACAACGAUGGUGCCACGACACGCACAUGCACACCACAGCCCGCCGCAUAUGGAUAAUGCAAGCCAUUCGUACCCGGUGCACCAUCACCACCAUCACCAUUACCAUCAUCAUCAACACCAUCACCAACAGCAACAGCAACCGCAACAACACCAACAGCAACGUAAUUAUAUGCAUCAAGGGAUGCCGGGGCAUACGUACCAUGAUGCAUACAACUCAAUGCCGUAUAAUAUGAGCCCUUAUGCUGCGCCGUACCACCCCCGCAUGUACGACGGGUACCCUGGCAUGGGCAUGGGCAUGGGUAUGGGCAUGGGCAUGGGCAUGUAUGGUGGCAUGAACGACUAUGGCGGUUUCUCGCUCCAGGGACGACCUGCAUACUAUCCGCCGCCGCAAAACCAGACGGGGCCUUACAUGCCACCGCCUCAGCAGUAG